AUGUCGUCGGGAUACCAGUGGAGCGGCGUAUCGGCAGCGCAAGUCGAAGAGUGGGUGCAGCAAUCGAACAAUCCAGCCGACUCUGCGCAACAGUGGCAAGCCACACGAAAUCUUCAAGAAUGGACGGCUUCCAACGUCAACGUUCCCGCGAUCCUGCUCCAGCUGUUGACCACAUCCUGCGGCUCCAACGCCCGUCCAAAUACGUCCACCCACCGAGAGGCUGUACAAUUUUAUGCUUUGACGACACUGGGGAGACUCCCACUCGCUCCGGAGGAACGGAGGCACAUGCGGACGUUCCUCCUCUCGCAAUUCUCCUUUUUGGCGGCGAACGGGAGCGACAGUCGUAGUAGUACCAAUACGCCAAGCAGCCCUUCUGCUUUUCUACGCAACAAGGCAGCCAUGCUUCUUACGCAACAGAUUUUGACGGAUGUUCCCACCGGAAACUGGAAUACGGUCGAACCGGAUCUCUUGCGACUGGCAGGGACGGACCCGCUUUUGUUUCUCAAAACUGUCGAAACGCUACUGGAAGAUUUCCAAACCAACGAAACCGACAAAGACUCCAUUCGCCAAGUCAAGGAUUUCCUAAAGGGGCAUUUGACCCCGCAUGAUACCAAUCCAACGUUUCUAGAAAGUCUUUUUUCCACCGUCGCGCAAAUUCUAUCCCAAUCAUUGUCCACCAACCCAUCCGAAUCGAAACACGCCGUCAUUUUACUCGCAAUCCAAACCGUCAAGGGCUUCUUCCAGUGGACGGAGCUAAUCUUUCUUGGAAAGGAGUCGGCCAACCGCGUCUUGGAGCAACUGUUGGUUUGCUUGCAACCGCAACAACCGGAGGAAAUUCAAUGGACGGCUCUCCAAGCUUGGCAGGAGUGGAUCACAUCCGAUUCGGUCGUUUCCAAAGAGAGGGAAUCCUCGAUUCAGACAGCGACCGACCCUAAACUUCCCGUACUGACGGCUCUUUUGGAGAAGAUACAUGAAUACAAUCUACUCCCAUACACGGGAGAGUCGGCCUACGAAAUCGAAGUUGUCAUUGAAGUUGGUAAGGUCGUCAACACCAUGGGUUUGGAAAUUACACAUUUAUGGCAACAGACCGCUUCCAACGGCAACGCCGACGACAGUUCCGUACACACACUCUUUCAUCAGAUUCUUGAUUUAUUCUUUCGCGCUUUUGCCUACGACGAUAUCGAUGUAUCGUUGGCCGUUCUGCCUCUUGCCAGCAAGCUGGCGGCCGUCAUGUCCGACGAGCCCGCUCACGAUGCGAAGGAUUCCUGUAACCAACUCUUGCGACGUCACUUACCGCAAACGCUCAACAUCCUCUACCAACAAAUCAAGUAUCCCAAAGAUUUCUCCUUCAACUUCAUCGACGAUGAAAAUGCGGAAGAAGAACAAUAUCGCGAAGAGCUGGGAAAGUUGUACGUGAAACUCGUACGGGUAGCGCCCACAACUUGUUUCCAGUUCGUCUGUGAAGCGGCGGCUCAAUGGCUCGAUCGCACCAAUAGUAGCAAUACUAACGAUGGGUGUAUAACCAUGUCCAACGCUCCGACUCCCGACCUGGAAGCAACUUUGAGACUCCUUUACAAAUACUGUGAGGGAAUACGGCCCACACCGGGUAUGAAAACGGCCAUGAAAAACCAAACAUUUUGCGCCUUACUGGUUGCCUUGCACGAGUCCCCUAUUGCUAAUCACGGACAUUUUGAAAUCCUUUGUUGGUACUACGACGUUGCCGUGCGCUACUAUCCCAUUUUUCAACAUUCCAAUCAUACUAUUCUUUUGUCGCGCGUUCUCGAUGCAAUGACAGGGGCCCGCGGUCUACAGCACGGACACGCUCGGGUUAGAUCACGCUGUUGCUAUUUGCUGCUACGUCUAGUUAAAGCCAUUGCUCCGCUGUUGCGUCCGUUCGUGGAGACAGCCGUUGCAGGAAUCCAGGGACUGUUGACGAAUACAACCCUCGAGCUGCGACCGGACGAUACAUUGUACCUGUUUGAGACUAUUGGACUGCUACUGGGGAAAACAGGAAUCGACGCACCGGAACAGGCACGAUAUUUGACUCUCGUCAUGACGCCGCACGUCCGUUCCAUAGAAAAAUCCUUACAAGACCCCAGAUUGCUCCAGGAUACCGAAUUCUUUGGAGACCGCUUAGCCCAGUCGAUCGCCGCGCUAGCGCAUUUGAGCAAGGGCUUCUCGAAACCAGCGCAGUCCAUUCAACUUGUCUUGAUGGAGACGGUCAACAUUACGCAAAUUAUAAUGGAAGCGCUCCCAAACCAUGAACAAGUGCGGAACAAAACCAUGGUUUUACUACCACGAAUGAUCCAAUGUCUCGGUGAUCAGGUCUUGGAUAAGAUCCCUCGUUUCUUGUACAUUUUGAUUGAGCACUGCAACUCGGAGGAUGUUUUGUUUGUAUCCCAAAUUUUCAAUCAGCUUUGCAUCAAGUUUAAAGAAGCGUCGGUUCCUGUCAUUGACGGUGCGUUAAUGCCCUUUUUACGAAAAUGCUACGCACUGGUGCCUGCUACCGAUGACGUUGCUGGGACUUCUGACGUUCCACCCCAUUUGCGAACGGAACAGCUUUCAAUUCAGAAGUUGACCUUUGUCGUACUUCAGCACAUUGUGACGCACAACGCAUCCGCCGUUCUGAUGUCUCCUACCAAUGUCGGCAAUCUGGAAUCUGUGUUACGUUCCAUGUCGGAUGGAGCAGUGUAUGUGACCGACCCUAUUGUUCAGAAGACGUGCGUCAAAUUUUUCCGAGAAUGGCUGGAACAGUUGACCAACCAGAAUACUGAACUGAAUCGAUACCGCCGAGGGUUUUUGGUGUUUUGCGGUCAAACCUUCCUCCCAGGUAUGUUGCACGUUCUAUUGAGUCCAUCGUUUGAUCAUCGAGACGCCAUGCAGGCUCGUGUGGUCGCGGAAUUGGCUGGUGCCUUAUACGGUUGGGCAUCUCAAGUAAGUGACAAUGAUGCGUUGGAAUUGACGAGUCGGAUUCCCGCGUUGGCGGACAACUCGAACGUUGCCGUCGCUCUGCGAGCCGUGGGUAGCGCGAAAGACGCCGAGACGUGGUUAACACAGAUCUUUCAGAGCUACAAGAGUUAA